AUGGCUGCGAAUACAGCCUGCGAGGACCCUCCCGUGAUUCGUCGCGGCUCGCCCUCUCCCGAGACCGCACCCUCGGCGGCGCUGGGAUCCAACCUGAGGGUAGAUCGCUGGCCAUCGGCGACGUCAUCCGUCUCCCAUGGCUCCAGCACGGAUGGCUCGCUCCGGGACUCGCUGGGCAGCGAGGCCUACUCCCGCCAGUCCUCGGCCAGCUACCAGUCCCGGCGGUCGGACGUCAGCUUCGGCAACUAUCGCCACUCGACGGGCAACUUCGGGGAGCGGCCGGCGAAGCGACGGGGCUUCACAAGACCCGAGGGCACGGAUUUUGCAGCAAGCGCGAAACACAGGGACAGCGUCUUGAGCCUAGGAAGCAUUGCACAUCUUCAGUACUACUUCGCUAGAACCGGACUGUUGGACGGCAAGGGAGCACAGCUUUCGCGGAAACGAAACCCCAGGGCCACCAUCGACUUUUCCCAGCUGGACACCUCGUCUCUCCUGAGCCCCAGGGCCCCUGGUUCCGACCCGGAAUCACCACACACAUCCCUGGGUGCCAGCCCUGAUUCUGCUGCACAGUACGAUCAGCUCGCCGAGUCGCCCAUGGACGAUCAGGGAGGCUUCUACUCGGACGAAGAGUACGAGGUCGACCCGGACGUUCUCCCGCCGACGACCAGUACCUACAAGCAUAGAGAGAAGGUGGUUCCCAAGCCGCCGACCAGCGCCGAGCUCAAGUCGGAACUGACGGGCGCUCUGGACUCGGCAACAAAGGUCAUGCACGAGGCAAAGGCAACGAAGCCUCCAUCCACGGGGUCGGGAACCUCGACACCGGAACGAUCACCUAAGCCUGGCCAAGGCUGGUAUGAGGUCCAGGGGAUGCAGAUCCUCGACGUUAUGACGCUGGCCAUCCGCGCCGCCAAGGUCUACUACACAUCUCACGAUCACCCAGAGCGUCUCGACAGCAUCCGGUCGGAGAAAGUGAUUCGGUCCGAGCUCCUGGGCGUGAUGGAGGUCCUGAAGCACAUGGCGACGAGGAACUUUGCGGGGGGCAUGCGCGAGGAGGAGCAAGAAACCAUGGGGUCCUGGAUCGAGAGCAUCCGCACGAUGCUCCGGAAGGAACAGGAGAUGGACGAGGCGGACCGCGCCGAGAGGGAAGGCUGGACCUGGCUCAAGGGCGACUGGACGGGUCGCGAGAUCGAGCGCGAGAUGGCCUUCCUGUCGUCGAUGGACGGCGAGGCGGAGCCGCUGCCGGCCUGGACCCCGGUCGAUCAGGCCGCCGAGGUGCCAACGCCCUUUCUGGAGAGCAUGCAGAACGGCCUCCGGCUGGUGAAGCUCCACAACGCGGCCGUGAGGAAGUCGUGCAGGCGCUUCGGGGCGAUCGGGUCCUUCCAUACCGACACGCAGAAGCCGUACCGAAGCGCGGAUAACCUACGCUACUGGAUCAAGGCGGCUGAGCUGCGAUGGGAGGUGGGGCUCAAGGUCGACGUGCUCGGGGUGGUGUACAACAGCAGCCCGCAGGUCUGGGUUGAGUUUGAGGAGGCCAUCUGGAAGUGGUGCCGCCAAGUGCGAGAAGAGAUCGCGGCCGAGCUGGCCAAGGAGAAGGAGAGCCGCGCUGCGACGUGA